ACAAAAGGAAUCCCAGAGCCAAGAGAAUGUAAAAACGCAGCUGAAAAGUACUGUUGAAGAGCUGGAAGCUGCCAACCAGCUGCAGGAGGAGACGCUGAGGGAGGCUGACAGCCAAACUGAGCACCUGGAAAAGAUGAUACAGAGCCACGAGGAAGUACUUCUGGAACUACAUGGCAUCCUGAUGGACUACAAAGACAGCACAGGCAAGAAACUCUGUGAACAUGGGAAUAUUGCAAGCCUGCACAUCCACAACCUGAGCACGACGUUUGCUGACGUCCUGCGAGAGUUAGACUCAGAGGUGUCAUACCUCAAAGAAAAGGUUGUCCUGGUGGAAGAAGAACUUGAGUCAUUGAAAAAAGAUUCACAGACCCAAAACCAGCUUCUGCUUCAGCAGCAUCAAAAUAGGAUCGAGCAGCCAGGAAGUGAGUGUGAACAGGAGGUGGCAGCAGUAGCUGACAAAGCUGACAUUGCUCACAGCUGUGCAAACAGUAUCCAAAGCCAGGGGGAGACCAUUCAAGAACAAACAGGAAACGAAAAUCCAGCACCUUCACAUGAAGUUAGUCACCUGGAAUCUGAAGUUUCUCAGCUGCAUUCUGAAUUACAAGAAGCUAAGAAGAUGUAUGAAGACAAGGUCAAAGACCUUGAGAAGCUGUUGCACCGAGCUCAUUCUGAGAGAGCAGAAGGUCAGACAGAACAGGAUCGACGUAGCAAAGAAACUGGAAACCUGAAUGAUCAGAUUCAUCAAUUGUUGGCUCAACUUCAUAAAAAAGAGAGAGAACUAAGUCUAGAAAAAGAGCAGAACAAGCGAUUUUGGGGUGGGAAGACAGAGAGCAGCAUCACCAUUGACCAUCUGAGGAGAGAACUAGACAAAAACAUGCAACUGCAGCGCAUGGAAAACACCGUGCAGGAAAGGAGGACUGGACGUCACAGACAGAUGGAGCGCCAGAUGGCUGCAAUUCAGGAAGAAAAUGAAAGCACUGAAACAAUCUCCUCUUUGAUUGUCCAGGUGGAGUCAACCAAGGAAACACUCUGUAAAGUUGCAGAAGAUCUUACAGCCAAACAGAUAGAUUUGGAGACUGCUGAGAAGAGCACGUCAAACCUUACGGCCCAUCUGCAGGAGAAGGAGAGAGCCCUUGAGGUUACCAAUAAGGAAAUGAAGAAUCUGCAUUCACAACUCGACAGUAGGAUGCAGGAGCUCCAGCAUGUAAAUAAUGAAGAGGACUGUUCACUCACCGUGCAGUCAGAGUGUGAAAUGCUGAAACUGCAGCUGUUAGAGAAGGAAAGGGUUAUUGAGAUCUUCCAGGAGCAAAUUGCUAACAUGACCCGGAUUGUGGGCCAGCACAGUCGAACUGCUGGAGCAAUGGAAGUUGAGAAAUCUCAGCUUAUUAAAGAAAUAAAUGACUGGAAACUUGAAGUAGAAGAGCUUAAGAUUACAGAGGAUGAGAAAGAAGCCCGAAUACGUGAAAUGGAGGCCAGACUGAGUGAGCUGGAACUGGAGAAGAUCAGACUGGUGAAUACAUGCAGUGAGAGGCUCCAUGCACUUAAUGAUAUGAAACUGGAAAAAGACCAGCUAAUGAAUGAACUCCAAGCCGGUCGGAGUGAGCUAGCUGGCCUCGCAGAGGGAUUUGAAGAUUUGAAGAGGGAUUACCAGGAUAAAAUCGAGGAAAUGGAAAACACUGCAAAUAGACUGAAAAUGCAGUUGAAAUCUGCCCGAGCUGAACUGGAACAGACCAGGACUGCUCUAAAGACUAUGGAGGGAUCUGAUGGCCACGCUAUAAAAGUUGCAGUGGGAAUGCAGAAGAAGAUCACAGCCAAGAGAGGACAGAUAGAUGCAUUGCAGAGCAAGAUUAAAUUCUUGGAAGAGGCAAUGACAAAUGCAGCUAAGGAGAAGCAUUAUCUCAGAGAAGAAAAUAGUAAACUAAGUCAAGAAUUGAGCUAUAUUACAGCAGAAAAUAUCAAGAUCGCUGGGGAACUGGAAAUCCUGAGAUCGCAAGACAAACGUCUGAAAGAAAAAAUAUCCAAGAUGGAGACAGCCCUUGAUAAGCUCAGGGAAUUAAAAACUGCAGGGAAUUUAAAGGAAAUUGCCCUUCCAGACCUUCCACUGACUCUUGGCAUAGCUCCUCUCCCUGGCAAGAGAGACUAUUAUUCACCAAAAACAGGGGCUCGACUGGAGCUGAAC